CGUCCCCCUCAAUCUCAAUCCCUAAUCCUUCUAUCUUUUACGCUGCCGCAUAUCCGAUGAAUAUUCAGUGUAUAUUAUUCUGUCAUUGAUAAAACAGUCACACAUUGCCCUCAAUAAUUCCCCUAAUUCUCUGUUUUAUUCCACAGAAAGUUUCGCAUCUAAUAUCCCAAUUUUUAUUUUACACUUAUAACUAUGCCUCAACUAGCCAAAUACAGCUACACUGGCCCGGUGGACCACACCGUGGUGCCCGACAAGUCGAAGAUGAAGGGGAAGUCGGUAAUUGUUACAGGCGGCGCCAACGGAAUCGGCGAGGCGUGCGUACGUGCCUUCGUUGCUGCUGGUGCCUUCGUCACAUUUGGAGACCUUAGCGAGAGGGGCAAAGAGAUUGAGAAGGAGCUCAAUGCUGACGGAGAUCGUGUGGCUUUUGUCAAGUGCGAUAUCCGUAGCUGGGACGAGCAGAAGACGCUCUUCGAGACGGCCGUGAGCAAGAGCCCAAAUCACAGUGUAGACGUUGUAUUGGCGAAUGCUGGAAUCAGCAGGAGCUCAGGAGAUAGUUUAUGGAACCUUGAUGACCUCAAAGGAGAGCCAACAAAGCCUGAUCUCAACAUUGUCAAGGUCAACAUUGACGGCACUCUGUACACCUGGAAACUUGCGACAUAUUACUUUAGAAGACAACCCGAUAACGAAGACCGUGACAGAUGCUUCAUAAUGACUGGAAGCAUGGUGGCUUGGAUUGAUUCUCCAGGAAACUGGGAAUACACAGCAACGAAGUAUGCUCUAAGAGGAUUCAUGAGAACUGCUCGUCGUAACUCGUGGGAGCAAGGCAUCAGGAUCAACUAUGUUGCACCCUGCUGGAUCAAGAGCGCUAUCCGAACUGCCGAGUAUGAGAGCUGGCUCAUUGACAACGGCAUCAAAUUUGGUGAAACCGAGGAUUGCGCCGGUGCCAUGAUGAGGAUUGCAUGUGACAGGACAGUGAAUGGCCGUUCAUUCAUGAUUACACCACGGUCAUAUGUAAAGGAAGGAUUCAAGGACACCGACAAGGAGGAUUAUACUGAGGAGGAGCCCUACUUCAAGCAGAACCAAGAGACGCAGCUGAGAAUUAUUGAGGAUCAAUGGCUUGAAGGAUAUAAAGUAAGAGUUUACAAAGCAUAGUUGAAAAUGGAUCUCGCUGACAGAGACGAGGCUCAAGGAAGAAACAAGAAAUAAGGGGCGAUGGCUGUAUAUAGUUCCCCCCAUAUAUACUAUGAUAGUUUACUUAUAC